AGUGUGAAGCUAGCGUUCUCAGUAGCAGACCAAACCCACUGGCGGGCACGUACACGAACCUUGACGUUCCCUGGAUCACAGCGCAACUACAAAUCUGGGUGUUGGGCAUCAUCACAGUUCUAUCAAUUUAGAUCAAACGCCACAAGUGGUCAUUCUGUGAUCUAAACGCUCUCGACGAAGUGAUCGUACGCUCUCGACAAAGUGAAAUACAGCAUCCGAAAUGAAGUUCGUAUGCAGUGAAGUAGGGUUCAGCGUGCUGUUGCUGCUAAUAUCCGUAUGCAGUGCACUACCGAAAAACGCCUCCGAAGCAACCGAUAUAGAAACGCUGGAUGGUCCACCGUUCCUGGCAGACCUGCGGGACCAGUGUCGUAACACGACCGGAGACGAUCGAACGUUCAACGAGCUGAGGGAACACAUUUCCACCGACCUUCCGAAAUGCUUUAUGGCGCACGUCAAUAUGGAGCAGCUGAAAACGGACACCACGAAGCUGGAGGAGAAGGAAAAGCAGAAACUGUUUGAAAAAAUUUGCGAACAGAUUAAUGAAUCCGUCACCUGCCUAACGCCGGUUAAAGCUAAGCUGAAAGAGUGUCUGGAUGAGGAGGAUGUGAAGAUCAUGGAACAGGUGGUGGCUACCAUACCGGAAGCGUUAAACAUGGCGUGUACCAACAGUGGUGCAUUGUUGCAAAAAUUCACCGAACCAGCGUAUCGGUCCUGCGCGAUGGAGUUGCCACCAAUGAUAGAGGAGUGUACGAGCGAGCUUCCCGAUAGUAUGGAAAGCCUCCCAUUUUCCCAAUAUUCCGAAAAGCAGUGCGAAGAAAUCUACAGCAUGAGAGACUGCUUCACGCGAAGAAUCAACGAGUGUGGAGCGACUGGCUACAUGGACUUCUUCAUUCUAUUCUACCGGAAGUUGCUCGCCCUAACCCCAUGCAAAUAGUGUGGUUCUGUUGGCCUUUCUGGCCGACACCGGUACGUCAUGUCUAAUCAUCCACAAGGCGCAAAGUUCUACUCCCCGCAAGCUAAUAAAUACUGUCUUUGAAUACCUGAAUACUGUAAA